GUGUUUAUAAGUGUGUGUGAUAUGUGUGUGCAGCUCAUUGUUGUAUGCGUCGCUCCCGACCUGAGUGUGUUCUCGCGUGUGUUCUGCAGCCAGCGCUACUGCAUCUGCAACCCGGGCGUGGUGCGGCAGUUCCGGAACCCGGACACCAUCUUCAUCCUGGCCUUCGCCAUCAUCCUCCUCAACACGGACAUGUACAGCCCCAACGUCAAGCCCGAGAGGAAGAUGAAGCUCGAGGACUUCGUCAAGAACCUGAGAGGGGUGGACGAUGGGGAGGACAUCCCCAGGGAGAUGCUGGUGGGGAUCUACGAGCGGAUCCGGAAGCGGGAGCUGAAGACCAACGAGGACCACGUGUCCCAGGUCCAGAAGGUGGAGAAGCUCAUCGUGGGGAAGAAGCCUAUUGGCUCUUUGCACCACGGUCUCGGCUGUGUCCUCUCCUUGCCCCACCGGAGGUUGGUGUGUUAUUGCCGUCUCUUCGAGGUUCCCGACCCCAACAAACCCCAGAAGCUGGGCGUGCACCAGAGAGAGAUCUUCCUCUUUAACGACCUGCUGGUGGUCACAAAGAUCUUCCAGAAGAAGAGGAACUCGGUCACGUACAGCUUCCGGCAGUCCUUCUCCCUGUACGGCAUGCAAGUGAUCAUCUUCGAGAACCAGUAUUACCCGAACGGGGUGCGGCUGACGUCGGCGGUCCCGGGCGCCGACAUCAAGGUCCUGAUCAACUUCAACGCCCCCAACCCCCAGGACCGCAAGAAGUUCACCGACGACCUGAGGGAGUCCGUGGCGGAGGUCCAGGAGAUGGAGAAGUACCGCAUUGAGUCCGAGCUGGAGAAGCAGAAGGGCGUGGUCCGCCCCAUCAUGGGGUCGCAGGGGUCGGGGGUCAAGAAGGACACCGGGAACGGCCAUCUGAGCCGCGCCAGCCUGGACGACAGCUACGCCAUGGGGGAGGGGCUUAAGCGGAGCGCGCUCAGUAGCUCCCUGCGAGACCUGUCGGACGCAGGCAAGCGUGGGCGACGCAGCAGUGCAGGAUCACUAGACAGCAAUAUGGAAGGCUCCAUCAUUAACAGCCCCCACUUGCGGCGGCGCGCGGCCACGCCCGGCCGCGACUGCCCGUCCCGCCAUAGCGGCCAGUCGCUGCCCAACUCGUCCUCGCUGCUGGGCACCCUGUUCGGCCCCCGGAGGGUGAAGUCCCCCAGCCCCACCCAGGCCCAGGCCCAGGCCCACCCCACCCUCAUCUCCCACACACUGCACCCCACCAACCUCCACCACACGGCCCGCUCCGAGGCGGACGGCCCGGCCCCCCCGCCCGGCCCGCAGACGCACCCCCACCACGCCCAGUUCUGCCACGUGGGCCAGAACCCCCCGCCCUACCACCACCACCACCACUACCACCCCCCCGCCCUGGUCAAGCACCCGCCGCCCCACCCCCCCUUCCACGCCCCGGCCCCCACGCACCCCCUUCCCCCCCAGCAGCAGCAGCAGCAGCAGCAGCCGUCGACCUCCGCCUACCCGCCUCACCCCUACGAGAGGCAGGGGCACGGCAGCCAUGGGAGUCACCCCCCUCACGGAGCCCCUCAUGGCGCCCCCCAUGGCGCCCCCCAUGGCGCCCCCCACGGCCCCCCCCACGGCCCCCACCAUCACGGGCCCCCGACGGCGGCCCCGGCUCCGGCGGCCAGCAGCACCAAACCCAAACACAGCGGCAUCAGCACAGUGGUGUGAGGGCCGGAGGACCUCAGGGAGGACUCCGGGAGGUGAACCCGCCCGGUCACGCCGGUCCCGACACAGAACACUCCCUGUGUCUGAUUCUUCUUCCACUUCCUCCUCCUCUGCCGCCAGCGUCGGCGUCGGCGGUUUGUUUCGCGGGAACGGCGGACUCCCUGCGCGCCGCUCCUGUGGUUGCCACGACGACGACAAACUCCCGCCGGAAACAAAACGGCUGAGCAUGCACAAAAGUAACAAAGACCACCACUACUGUUUCUCCUGACGACGGAACCCGAAGUAGCGGCGCGAAGAGGGCCUCGAUCGGACAUCUUGGGAGACGAGUGAGCGUGCGCUGGUUCCCAACCGACCACGGGGGGCGUUUGUCUCGUGCGGGCCGUGGUGGCUAGGUGAGGCGCCGAGCCCGCCGAAAGCUAACUAUUUUAUCCUAGCCGUAGCUCAAAGUACACACUGUGAUAUCUCUGUAAACAGUCCUAAAUGUGCCAAUAAUGGAAGCAUUUACAAAAAGUUAGUCACAAGAUAUUUUCUCUCUCUGUGUAUAUCGUUGCAUAUAGUAUUUUGUAAAAAUAAUGAUAAUAUUAUCAAUAGUUAUUAUUAUUACUACAGAACAAAUGGCAGUCUAUAUGGCAUCAAUUCAAACUCAGUAUUAUACUCUCUCUAGUGUAGUUGACCUCGUUUCACUAUUAAGAAACCGGUAAAGCUUUGUAGGAAGUUUAGUGGGUCCAAAUGCUCUACGGUUGCCUUCGACAUUAGGACGCCGUGGUGGAGUGGAUUCGGUCACACCUUCCUCUACAGCACUCCGGCAGAGAAUGUUCCGCGCUCUUCCGCUGGUUGAAUGUCUGUUAGCCUCUUGCCCCCCCAGCUGUUUUUUCCAUCAUCGUUUGAUUUGUUUGGAACUAUUUUUUUUUCCUUCGUCCAAUAAAGAAAUGCUCUGUACAUCAUCCUCCUAACUGAUUAAGCGUGGCUCUCCAACUGUUAUCACAUUAUUAUUAUUUUUUUUAUAAACAUGCGUGGUGUUUAUGUCUUUUUUUGGGUGCUGGGACUUGAGGUAGUUGCUGAGGAAGGAGUCCGAUCGUGAACAUGCACGUCGUGCGAUGGGGAAUCUCAGCAGGCUGACGAUUCUCCCGCCCCCCCCUCUCACCAAUAGAAUGUCUCUUCACCGACGAUUGUCUGCCGUAGGAGCAGUACUAGUGUUUGAACUCUGCCUACUCCCCUUCCAUCGCACUGGACCACAGCUGUAGUAGUGCUGGUAUAGUGUUUACUGAGGCGCAGCCAACUCUAUCACAGGCCACCAUACAGCUGUAGUAGAAGCAUUUACUGAAGCUAAGCCUACUUACAUCAUUCUCCACUAUAGAGCUGUAGUAGUAGUAGUUUACUUAAGCUCAGCCUACUUUCUCUUCCCUCCAUUAUAGAUCUGUAGUAGUAACGUGAAGCUAUCCUACUCCCUCUACACUCCACAAUAGAUCUAUAGUAGUAGUGUUUAAGCCUACAUCCUUUAUGUAUCACCUUUAACUAUAACUGUUAACAUCGAUCGACAUGAACGGUAUCAUAGCCUAUAGUCUUCAUCAAAUAGAUAUAACUGGGUUUGAGUCACAUAUGUAAGUCGCUAAUAUGUUUUAUUUACACAUACUGUAUGUAGUUCCAAUAAUCAGUAGCUUAAGGCAGACAUUCAAAUAGGAUAUUAAGCUGAUAUAGGAAGGCACUCUGCCAAGACCAGUCGUCCAUCUUAGUUGUCCAGCAAAAAAAAACAUUGUUGAGGACCUCCACAUGACCGGAUCUCAGGACUGCUGCGUUUGCACACCGCAAUGACUAUUAGAAUGAAACGGUUAUAAUCUUCAUAUUGAAAACGUAAAGGAUUAUUACUUUUUUACUGAGUCUUUUCCAAUUCUAUUUUUAGUUAAAGUAUGUGUCUUUUAUGAAAGGCACCAUCACUUCCAGAACAUGAAUGUUAAUUUACUUAUCUCGUCUCAAAGUAUAUAUUUAUAUAAGACCUGGCCCUUAAUUAGCGAUGGAGUUACCUAAAUCAUUUAAUUCAGCCCAAUUAGUGUUGCAGAGACUGGAAUAAUUACAGAGUGUUCAGAGAACUUCAGAGUAAUUAGGAUGGAAAAACAAAUCCAUCCUACAACUGACCGACGACCACACACACACACACGCUCGUACAUACACACACACGCACGCACGCACGCACGCACGCACACGCACUCACACACACACACACACACACACACACACACACACACACACACACACACACACACACACACACACACACACACACACACACACACACACACACACCACUAAUUGGCUUGUUCCAUUUUGGUUCCAGAUGUAUCCCUCAAUGGCCGUAAGUAAGAUAUAAACGGAUAAAGAACUUGAUGAAAACCAAAUGUAGGUUUAAAUCGCUGGUAUUUAAAAAAGAGAAAACGUGUUCCAAUGAGCCUGAUUGUUCUACAUUCUCUUACUUGCUAUAUUUUUUUAAAUGUUUGUGUGAGGUUCUUUGUGACAUGCCGUGGAUGCCUAACGUUUCUGUUCCUCUCGAUGUUUGAUUUCCUAAACUGUUACUUCUAUCAAACACAGAGUUCCCAUGUCCCCUGGGCCGGCCAUGUAGCAUUGGGGUUCGCUCUUCUGGUCUUCUUUAUCCCUUUUUCAUUUCACAUUUCACCUCAGAAGAUGUGUCUCUGUAAAAAGAUAUGGCGAUCUCCCCAGGAGUGUAAAUAGAGCAGACAGCUGAGCGACCUUCGUGUUACUUUUGGUAAAAUAAAGACGGUAAAAAGGU